AUGGACGGCCGAUGUCCGUCGACAACUCAAACCUGCCUUGGUGGAGACAUGGGAGAGUGUUGUGAGGAUGCUGAUAUUCUCAGCGGUGGAACGACGGCUGCCCCAACACAGGCCUCAACACAGGGUCCAACACAGGCCCCAACACAGGGCCCAACACAGGCUCCAACCCCUGCUUGUGUGGACCAAGUGAACCCUCUGACGGGUGUAUCAGACUGUCAAAGGCUUUCAUAUCUUUGCAAUGAUUCACUCUAUUAUGCAUUAAUGACUCAGCAGUGUCCACUAACAUGCAAUCGAUGUAACGGUGCAACACAGCAACCAGCUCCAAGUUCAAACUGCAGAGAUUUGGUUCAUUACCAAACUGGGGUAUCGGACUGUCCGCAGAGAGCCUACCUUUGUACAAACGCGCUAUACCGAAGCCUUAUGCAGGUGCAGUGCCCAAGAACGUGCGGCUUCUGCACAUAAUGUCAAAGCAUUGAGUUCUUCUAUGAAAGCCGUUGUCACGAAAUUUGCAAAAUAUGCAAAUAAACAUUUUGCUUCCCUCAUC